AUGGCCACCGGAGGAGCGGUGUACAAGGAUCUACUCCCCGUGCCAGGACAAGAUCCGCGACAGGAGGAAGACAAGACGACGACAUUGACCGAUGUACCGACUAAAAGCCAUGCCUUGGCCAUGGAAGCAGCCAAGGCGCCGGAGGAGAGGGGAGCGGCGCAGGUCGAACAUGAGGAGGAAGUGGUGAACCUGGGUUGGAACGAGCCCGAGUCGCACAUUGAAAGCCCACUUGUUGGAGGGUUGUCCAAUGAAGACCUCUGGGUCCUGAUUCGGAGGUUCAACAAGCAAAUGUACCAUGUCAAAGAGAUCCCGAAUCCACCUCCAGGUGGUUUGGAUCUGAACAUCGCCGACGAGGAGGAGUUUUCUCCCGACAAGCUUAGGAGCAAUAUCGAGCGCUUGUACAUGACCAUCGGUGUCGGUCUGAUGAGCUUCGCCAAGCAUAUUGUUCGACUGCGAUCGUGGCGGGAGGCAAGACGAACGGCCUGGUUCUGCACCGUAUAUUUUCUGGCUUGGAUCUUCGACUUGAUCGUCCCGGCUAUAUCACUAACGCUUAUUACGUUGAUCGCUUACCCGUCUGCUCGGCCGAUCAUGUUCCCACCGGCUCCUAUCGCAUUGGUCUCCAGUAAGACCGGGGGCGUCCAAAAGCCGAAGGCUGGCACUUUGGGCAGCCAUGAUAGUGCCACCGGAGCUCCAGAGAACCACAAGGGCGAGGCUGUCGAGCAGGAAGCGAGCAACUUUGUCAACGGAAUUGCUUCCGUCGCGCUCUCAAGUGCCACUGGCAAGCAUCCUCAAGGGGAACCAUCUUCGGAAGACGGUGCGCCAGCCGACUCAGUACCCGACCCUACAUCCAUCGCAGUGGGGGCCGCUGAUGCAAAGGACAAGGCAGCUGGUAGUACACCAACCAAGGAGCAUGAUAAGACAAAGGUGCCCAUGGAGACGGCCAUGUGGACAAAAAUGCGGCCUAUCAUGCAUGGCUUGGCUGAUGUGACAGACACGUGGGAGCGGUUCGCCAACGCUCUUUCUCCUACACCUCCCUUCCCCCGCAACCGAUAUCAUCUCCGCCUUGCCGCUCUCAUUGUCCCCCUCCUCAUAACCUCCCUCUUCGUAACCUCAUACAUGUUCAUGAAAGGCGUAACCUUCGGCAUCGGCUUCGGAUUCUUCGGUGAUCCCAUCAUUCAGCGCGGCCUUGACCUCAUGAACCGCAAAUUCCCCAACUGGCAGAAACUUCUGGAGCUCCGUAACACCGUCCUCAAAGGUGUUCCCACCAACGCCCAACUUACUAUCACACUCCUCCGCAUCGGCGAAGCAAACAAAGCUCCCCUCCCACCACCCCCACAUGUUUCCACUCCACCGCCCGAAGAGCCCGCCGAGAUCAGCGAGAAGGAUCUACGUGCCACGGGCGCCGACUAUCCGCUCAACGCCACCGAGGAAGAGCUCGACGAAGCCAUGGCACACGAUCCUACCACCGCCCAUGAAACUGGCGGCUCUGAUAUCGACGCUUCCAAGGACUCUAAGCACGGCAAAAAAAGCAGCAAAAUCCUCGGCUUCUUCAAAGGCACCGUGAAAGGCGGCGUCGAAACCGCCAUCGGCACUGACAAACUCAAAGCAAAAACAGGCAGUACACACGCCAAAAACCGGCUCGGCGCCGUGCCGCCCAAGAAUGUCGAUCUCACCUCCGGACCCAUCGAAUUCAAAGCAAGGUACCAAGGCAAAAAGGGACACGUGUAUAUCACCACAAAAGCCACAAUUCCCUGCGUCGCGUUCUCCACUGACAACACCAUCGAGAAGAUCGGAAGUCAGGAGAGAGAGGACUUGCAUCCAAUCUGGAGUAUUCCGGUCGGGGAAAUCAAGGAGAUCCGGAAGGUAGGCGGGUAUGGCUGGAAAGCCAAGCUUGUUGUGGGGUGGGCGAUGGGCAGGGAGGUGGCGGAUGGGCUGGAGAUCGUGACGAGGGAGAGUAAGGUUAAGGGCGAGGGGGAGAAGAAAUUCAAGAUUAUGGCGAUGCCGUUGAGGGACGAGCUUUUUAAUCGGCUGGUGGCGAUGGGUGGGCAGAAGUGGGAAUGCUGGUAG